AUCACCACCUCUGUACCGCAGUUAAGUACGUGCCAUUUCCCUCUUCGCUUCCCGACCUCUACCUCUUUUUUAAAACACCAGUCUUCCCUUCGCUAUCUUUCCCUCUUUCAGCCUUUCCUGACUGGCACAAGCACACAGAGAGCUGGGCAAAGGCAAUAUUCUCUGCUCUUCUCUUGGUUGAAGAGAUGCCGCUAAACUUAGCGGGAGGAGGUGCACUCAGUGCCCUGCUAUGUGUCACGGUUUCUCUCUUCCUUUCCCUCGUUGGUGCCGAAGAUCCCUACAGGUUCUUCAACUGGAAUGUCACUUACGGCGACAUAUACCCACUUGGCGUUCGCCAACAGGGAAUACUCAUCAAUGGACAAUUCCCAGGCCCUGAUAUUCACUCCGUUACCAAUGACAAUCUCAUUAUCAAUGUCUUUAACAGCUUGGACGAGCCCUUCCUCCUCUCCUGGAACGGAGUUCAAAAUAGGAGGAAUUCCUUUGAGGAUGGGGUAUACGGAACAACAUGCCCAAUACCACCGGGGAAGAACUUCACGUAUAUUCUGCAAGUGAAGGAUCAGAUUGGGAGCUUUUACUACUUUCCCUCUCUGGCAUUCCAUAAGGCUGCUGGUGGGUUUGGAGGGAUCAGGAUCCUAAGUAGGCCAAGAAUCCCUGUUCCCUUCCCUGACCCCGCCGGUGAUUACACUGUUCUUAUUGGAGAUUGGUACAAGGCCAAUCACACGGACUUGAAGGCUAUCCUGGAUCGCGGUAAGAAGUUGCCUUUCCCUGAUGGCAUCCUUAUAAACGGUCGCGGGUCCGGUGGUGCUUCUUUUAACGUUGAACAAGGAAAGACUUACAGGCUUAGAAUAUCAAAUGUGGGGUUGGAAAAUUCCCUCAACUUCCGCAUUCAAAACCACAAGUUAGUGUUGGUGGAAGUGGAAGGAACUCACACCCUUCAGACUACAUACUCCUCGCUUGAUGUUCAUCCUGGCCAAUCUUACUCUGUUCUAGUCACGGCUGAUCAGCCUGCCCAAGAUUAUUAUGUUGUGGUUUCCUCUCGUUUCACCUCUCAGAUCCUCACCACCACCGCCAUUCUUCGCUACAGCAACUCUGCUGGCCAAGUCUCAGGCCCACCCCCUGGUGGGCCUACCAUCCAAAUUGACUGGUCUUUGAACCAGGCCCGCUCUAUCAGGACUAAUCUUACUGCAAGCGGACCAAGGCCAAACCCGCAAGGCUCAUAUCACUAUGGUCUCAUCAACACAACCAAAACUAUCAGGCUACAAAGUUCCGCUGGUCAAGUCGACGGCAAGCAAAGAUAUGCAGUUAACAGUGUGUCGUUUAUCCCAGCAGACACUCCCCUUAAACUUGCUGAUUACUUCAAAAUUGGAGGUGUUUUCCGCGUUGGAAGUAUAUCUGACAACCCUACUGGUGGUGGAAUCUACCUUGAUACAUCAGUGUUGGGCCUUGACUACAGAGCAUUUGUCGAGAUUGUGUUCGAAAACCCUGAGGAUAUAGUUCAGAGCUGGCACCUUAGUGGCUAUUCUUUCUGGGUUGUCGGUAUGGACGGAGGGCAGUGGACUACAGCUAGUAGAGAUCAGUACAAUCUCCGAGAUGCAGUUGCACGUUGCACCACUCAGGUAUAUCCCAAGUCAUGGACUGCUAUAUAUGUGGCUCUUGAUAAUGUAGGAAUGUGGAACGUGAGAUCCGAGUUCUGGGCACGACAAUAUCUUGGACAACAAUUCUAUAUGCGCGUUUAUACAACAUCAACUUCACUUAGGGAUGAAUACCCCAUCCCAAAGAAUGCACUUGUUUGUGGUAGGGCUGCAGGCCGACGCACACGACCUCUCUGAGCUACUAGCUAAGAAGAAAAUGAUCCACAGUUGGGUAGGAUAGACGGGGCUGAAGAGCAGCGCAUUGCUUCUAAUAUAUUUUAUUAUUUGGUUAUGUACGUAGUGCAUGCGAUAAUGCAAAUAUAUAAUUAGAACUCUAAAAUGACCUUAGCUCAAGGUCUCAUUCUUUUUCCACAAAUACUGUAUCCCCCUUUUGUUUAUCAUUCAAAGUUUUCAUA